GAGACUAGAGGCGUUCGUUUCCAACCUUGGCUUCAAGUCCCUGAAGGGUACUGAGCGCUUGUUAUCCCCGAGGAUGGGAUGCAGGACCACGUGGCUGCUCCUAGCUCUGUUCCUUCUCGUCCACCCAGGUUCAUUUGCCAUCACGGGCCCAAGAGAAGUGAGUGGCCUGGAGGGGGGCUUGUUGAUUGUCCAGUGUCGAUACAACCCUGGAUGGGAGACCCAUGUGAAGUGGUGGUGCCGAGGAGCUGCCUGGAGCAGCUGCAAGAUUCUUGUUGAAACCACUGGAUCAGAGAAGGAGGUGAAGAAGGACCGUGUGUCCAUCAGGGACAACUGGAAAGAUCGCUCAUUCACUGUGACCAUGAAGGAGCUCAGCCUAAGCGAUGCAGACACUUACUGGUGUGGGAUUGAGAGAGUCGGAAGUGAUGUGGGGGCCCAAGUCGAAGUGACCAUUGACUCAGCAAGUGACCACGGACUGUCACUACAGCCCAGGGUGGGAGAACUAUGUGAAGUGGUGGUGUCGGCACGCUGAUCCGAAUCACUGCGUCAUCCUUGUUCAAACCAUGGGAUCCAAGCAGGAGGAGACAGCGAACCGUGUGUACAUCAAUCAGAACAAACGCAUGUUCACCACGACCAGGUCCGAUGAGAAAAUCAUCCUUUGAGAAAAACACUUUGGUUUCUCUGACGUGCUGCCUAGCCAUGUUAUAGUAAGAUACCCCUGGUCACACCCAGCAUCUGGUCAUUUACAUAAAGAUUUGCGUUUGAGGCCACCAUAAGUUCCCACUUUGCUUCUCCCAGGGCACCUUUAAAAAUAACCACUUAGAAUGAAGGCUGCAAAAAAGUAGUGACCUCUGCCCUAACCACCUGAUAAGUACCAGGUGCUUGCUACCCAGCUCUCUCUCUCCUGCUCUCUUGUGACCUGGGAUGGAGGACAGCCCUUCCCCUGGCUCAUGGCCACCGGCCCCCUCCCACCUUCCCAACUCUGCUUCUGAGAUCUGUACGUAAUA